UUCAAAGAUUUCACUGAACUUUGGCCACGUAAAAUUGUAAACAAAACCAAUGGCAUAUCACCCCGACGCUGGCUGCUCCUGUGCAAUCCGGGCCUGGCCGACCUGAUCAUGGACGCAAUGCAAGGGGAUGAGAGUUGGAUCACAAAUUUGUGCAUGCUCAAUCGACUUCGUGAUCACGUGGACGAACCGAAAUUGCGAUUGGACAUAAUGCGAGUGAAACUGGACAACAAAAAUCGAUUUGCCUCGUAUAUGCUCAGUCAUCAAAAAAUCCACCUAGAUCCAAGCACAUUGUUUGAUGUUAUGGUCAAGCGCGUGGACGAAUACAAACGGCAUUUACUGUGCUGUUUGCACGUGAUGACCUUGUACAACCGAAUGAAAGCCAAUCCCCGAGCCCAAUGCUGUCCGAGAACCGUGAUUAUGGGCGGAAAGGCUGCACCGGGGUAUUAUAUGGCGAAGCUUAUAAUUAAGCUCAUCAAUUCGGUGGCGAAAUCCAUUAACUGUGAUCCCGUUGUCAAUGGCCGAUUGAAGCUUGUUUACUUGCGAAACUACGGCGUUUCCCUGGCGGAACAUGUCAUUCCAGCAGCAGAUCUCUCCGAACAGAUUCCGUGCAUGGGCAUGGAAGCAGCUGGGACGGGAAAUAUGAAAUUUAUGCUCAACGGUGCAUUGACUAUAUGCACUCUGGAUGGUGUUAACGCCGAAAUCGUACAGGAGGUGGGACGAGAGAAUGCUUUCGUUUUUGGGCGUUCGGUGGAAGAAGACAAAGCUCUCCGGGCUAAAGGAUACGAUCCACGCAAGUAUAUUGCAGCCAACCCGGAACUAGCUCACUGUCUUGAACAGAUUCGUAGCGGUUACUACAAUCCCGCCGAACCUGAUUUGUUCCAAGACAUUUAUCGAUCUCUUGUCACGGAAGACCGUUUUCUGAUUUGUGCAGAUUAUGAAGACUACAUGCGGGCACAGGCUGAAGUGGAACGAACCUACAGCAACGAAGCCAAAUGGUCUCGGAUGGUUUUGUGUAAUAUUGCUGGAGCUGGUCGGUUCUCAUCUGAUCGUACUGUGGCUGAGUACGCCCGAGAAAUGUGGAACGUGGAACCCUCUGAAUCCAAACUUCCGCCACCAACUGAACCACUUGAACCCAAAUUGCCCAAGUUCUACAUUGGUAUUUAG